UGCAAUACAAACCCACCACAGGACGAACACCUCCCUGCUUAUUUUCCUCUUCUUUCUCUCCGCAUCCCGUCCAGGCUCCCUCACCCACCUGGCCACCUCCCUCCUCCCCAUCCUCCCCGUCGAGUCACACCACCUCCCCUCCCUCCCAAGCCCCGGACGCCGUCGGCAGGGUGGCGAACCACCGCCUCGCGCCCUUGCUGCAAUCCGGGAGCCAAGAUCCUAGGGGCAGAAACCCAGAAUGCCCGCGCAGAAGCGCCGGCUCCUCCCGUCGCCGUCUUCGAAACCCCGCGACGACGUCGCGGCUACAGCCUCCGAUGCCGCCGCCGGCGGAGGCGUAGGAGAAGGAAGAGGAGGACGCCCGCCGCUGCCGAGCAGGGGCGCCACCAAGCGGAGGUUGACUGACCCGGAGCCACAGCACGGACUCGAAGACGAUUCGGACGCGGAGGAUGAUGGCGGCGCGGACAGCGACAGCGAGUUCUCCCAGAGCGACGGCGGCGGCACCGAUGAGUUUAUGCUAGUGAAAUUAGCAGAGAUAAGGAAGGAGGUUCAGUGCCCUAUCUGUUUAGGUAUUAUCCGGAAGACAAGGACAGUUAUGGAAUGUCUGCACCGCUUCUGUAGAGACUGCAUUGACAAAUCUAUGCGGCUAGGAAAUAAUGAAUGCCCAGCAUGUCGCACUCACUGUGCAAGUAGACGUUCUUUGAGGGACGAUCCUAAAUAUGAUGCACUGAUUGCAGCCUUGUAUCCAGAUAUUGAUAAGUACGAGGAAGAGGAACUUGCUUUCAAUGAGCAGGAGAGGAUUCGGAAUCAAAAGAUACAAGAAACCAUCGAGGAAACAUUCCGAAGACAGUCCGAGGCAAUUGGUAAGAAGCGUUCUACGGCAAAAGCAACGGCCACUGCCUUUUCAAGGAGGUACAGGAGAAAUAUGCGAACACGGGGGAGAGGUAGAACUGUUACCCCUGAUAUUGCCCCUACUGGCUCAGAUGAGGAGGAUAGGGAAGAUGAAAAUGCCAAUGAGGUCACCAAAGAGCCACCUUCUGCUAACGAUCAUUCUCCAGAUUUAAGACUGAAAAGGUGCAGGAAGACGUCUGCAUCACAAGCAUCGCCUGCUAGAAACAUUGGCAGUAGCGAUCACAGCUUUGAGGAGAAUGAUGAAUUAGUUGGUGGAAAAGAAUUUUUAGCCACCUCUCCGUUGCGGGGAGAGAUGCUUGCAUGGGGGAAAAACGGUACACGGAGCCAGAAUCGACAUGGCAGUGCUGGUUCAAAUGGCAGGAUUGGAAGGAGCGGACGCAUUGCAAAAUUGGUGGAUCACCUCCGUAAUACUGAUGAAAUGGAUAAAGAGUUCCAGUUGUAUCUGGUUCUGCUUCCUGUGGAUGGUCAAACCAUACCUAGCUUGGAAAAGCCGUAUCUAAGUUGUCAGCCAACCUUGUCCAUUCAACAUCUUGUACAGUUAAUUGCUGUUCAGUUGUCUCGGAAAGUCGAAGAACUUGAGAUGUACAUAAGGAUGGACCACCACCAUGGAAGUGCUGGCUCGAUGGCUUCCAGUACAGGUGAAUUUGACGGCUUGGAAAGACUGAGGGAAGAUAAACUUCUUUCCGACCUUCAUCCUUCAUGCAACGGUGAUCUGGAGUUGCGAUAUGCUUUGAAAACUCGAGACUAGAUCAGUUUUGAUCCUCAGCUGAUGUCACUUUCCAGGCGGUGGUGGUGCAAAUGAGAUCUGCAUCUGGUAACGGAUUUAUGUGAAAGGAAUAUUCAAUGUGAAAAAAAUGGUGAAGCUGUUUUUCUGAUGAGUCUUGCUAGGUUAAUUUACCAACUUUGUAAAUAUAUAGUGAACUGAAUUGCGAAUGUCCGCAGUAGGUGAACAAGCUGUCUUCAAUGUACUGUUCAUUUAUAAAAGUCUGAGAUAAUGGGAGUCACAAGCUGAUUACAGUAA